AUGGCAAGGAAGAAAUUUAGUGGAUUGGAAAUCUCUCUAAUUGUCCUCUUUAUAAUAGUUACUGUAAUAGCUGUGGCUCUAGUUGUUGUUCUAGCAACUAAGACACCAGCUGUUGAAGUAUCAACUCAGCCUACUCCUGGUUUGGGAAAAUGUCCUGCUGAGUUAAAUGACCCUACCAACACAAGGAUCAACUGCAUUCCAGAACAAUUCCCAACACAGGUGACCUGUGAGCAGAGAGGCUGCUGCUGGAGGCCUGGGAAUAAUUCUGGCAUCCCUUGGUGCUUCUUUGCCGAUAACCAUGGCUACAUCAUGGAGCAAAAGACACUAAAAGACAAUGGACUUGAAGCCAAAUUAAACAGAAUCGCUUCGCCUACACUAUUUGGGAAUGACGUUCCCAGUGUCCUCCUCACAACUCAAAGUCAGACGCCCAAUCGAUUGCGGAUCAAGAUUGCUGAUCCCACUAAUAAAAGAUAUGAAGUUCCCCAUCAGUUUGUAAAAGAUUUUUCUGGAUCCGUGCCUUCUGAAACGCUGUAUGAUGUCCAGACUACAAAUAAUCCAUUCAGCAUCAAAGUUAUCAGAAAAAGCAACAACAAUGUUUUAUUUGAUACCAGUGUUGGACCUCUGGUUUACUCCGACCAAUACUUGCAGAUCUCCACCAAACUUCCCAGUGAAUACAUGUACGGUCUUGGGGAACACAUUCAUAAGAGAUUUCGUCAUGAUGUGAAUUGGAAAACAUGGCCUAUCUUUACUCGAGAUGAACUUCCUGGGAAUAACAAUCACAACUUAUACGGCCAUCAGACAUUCUUCAUGUGUAUGGAAGACACGACUGGAAAAGCGUUUGGGGUGUUUUUAAUGAACAGCAAUGCAAUGGAGAUUUUAAUCCAACCCACUCCAAUAGUAACUUACAAAAUCAUUGGUGGUAUUCUGGACUUCUAUAUAUUCCUUGGAGAUACACCAGAACAAGUGGUACAACAGUAUCAAGAGCUCAUCGGCCUGCCAGCCAUGCCCGCCUACUGGAGUCUUGGAUUCCAGUUGAGUCGCUGGAAUUAUGGGUCCUUAGACGUAGUGAAGGAAGUGGUCAGAAGAAACCGGGAAGCUGGCAUUCCAUAUGACACACAAGUCACUGACAUUGACUACAUGGAAGACAAGAAAGAUUUCACUUAUGACGAUGUUACAUUUAAAGGGCUCCCCGAAUUUGUUGAAGAUUUGCAUGCCCACGGACAGAAAUACAUUAUCAUUUUGGACCCAGCAAUUUCUAUAAAUAAACGUACCAACGGAAGCCCAUAUGAGUCUUAUGAUAGAGGAAAUGAAAAAAAUGUGUGGGUAACUGAGUCCGAUGGAAAAACACCGCUUAUUGGAGAGGUUUGGCCAGGUUUAACAGUGUACCCGGAUUUUACGAAUCCAAACUGCAUCGAUUGGUGGGUAAAUGAGUGUGAUAUAUUCUACAAACAAGUGAAAUAUGAUGGCAUUUGGAUCGACAUGAAUGAAGUUUCUAGUUUUAUUCAUGGUUCACUGAAAGGCUGUGCUGACAGCAAAUGGAAUUAUCCACCUUUUAUUCCUGGUAUUCUUGACAAACUCCUGUACUCCAAGACAAUUUGCAUGGAUGCGCUUCAGAGCUGGGGGACUCAGUACAACGUGCACAGCCUGUAUGGGUACAGCAUGGCCAUCGCCACCGAGAAAGCUGUAGAAAAGGUAUUUCCGAAUAAAAGAGGCUUCAUCCUCACCCGAUCCACGUUCGCGGGCUCUGGGAGACAUGCUGCCCAUUGGUUAGGCGACAACACGGCCUCCUGGGAGCAGAUGGAGUGGUCCAUCACGGGGAUGCUGGAGUUCAGUAUGUUCGGAAUGCCUCUGGUGGGUGCAGACAUCUGUGGGUUUGUGGCUAAUACCACUGAAGAGCUGUGCAGAAGAUGGAUGCAACUUGGUGCCUUUUAUCCAUUUUCUAGGAACCAUAAUGCUGAGGGAUAUGCGGAGCAGGACCCUGCAGUGUUUGGACUGGACUCACUUCUCGUCAGGACGUCCAGGCACUACCUGAGGAUCCGCUACACCCUGCUGCCGUUCCUCUACACGCUCUUCUACAAAGCGCACACGCUUGGAGAAACAGUAGCGAGGCCGGUUCUUCAUGAGUUUUAUGACGACAUGAACAGCUGGGUUGAGGACCUUGAGUUUCUGUGGGGCCCUGCCUUACUCAUUACUCCUGUUUUGAAGCAGGGAGCAGAGGUGGUGAGUGCCUACAUCCCAGAUGCAACCUGGUAUGACUAUGAAACAGGAGCAAAACGACCUUGGAGGAAAGAGAGGGUGAAUAUGUACCUUCCGGAAGACAAAAUCGGACUGCACCUGAGAGGAGGCUACAUCAUUCCAAUCCAAGAGCCCGAUGUAACAACUACUGCUAGCCGGAAGAAUCCUCUCGGCCUUAUCAUUGCACUGGAUGAAAAUAACAUAGCGAAGGGAGAUUUUUUCUGGGAUGAUGGAGAAAGCACAAAAAGCAUCGAGAGUCGCAGCUAUAUAUUCUAUACUUUUUCAGUUUCUAAUAACAUUUUACAAAUUACAUGCACACAUGCAAACUAUGAGGAAGGAACAACUUUAGCAUUUGAAACCAUAAAAGUCCUGGGGUUGACAGAAACUGUUACUGAAGUUAAAGUAGCUGAAAACAACCAGCCUAUGUCUGCACAUGGCAAUUUCACUUAUGAUGCUUCCAACCAGGUUCUCCUAAUUACGGGUCUCAGCUUUAACCUUGGAAAAUCUUUUAGCGUUCAGUGGAACCAAGUUUUCCCAGACUAUGAGAGAUUCAACUGCUAUCCUGACACAGAAAUUGUAGAAGAGCUUCAGUGUUUGCAGCGUGGCUGCUUAAUGAAAGAGGCUACAUCUGACCCCAGAGCACCGCCAUGUUACUUUCCUCGACAAGACAACCCUUACUUAGUUUCGUCAAUUCAGUAUUUUCCAACUGGCAUGACAGCAGACCUUCAGCUCAAUCCUGCAAGAGCUGCAAUUCAGCUCCCAUCAAAACCCAUCACUGCCCUUCGGGUGGAGGUGAAAUAUCACAAAAAUGACAUGCUGCAGUUUAAGAUUUAUGAUUCCCAAAAUAAAAGAUACGAAGUUCCAGUGCCACUGAACAUUCCAGAAACGCCAAUGAGCACUUACGAAAACAGACUUUAUGAUGUUGAAAUCAAGGAAAAUCCAUUUGGUAUCCAAGUUCGACGCAGAAGCACUGGGAGAAUUAUCUGGGAUUCUCAACUGCCUGGGUUUGCCUUCAAUGACCAGUUUAUUCAGAUCUCUACGCGCUUGCCCUCAGAGUACAUCUAUGGUUUUGGGGAAGUGGAGCACACAGCAUUUAGGAGAGACCUGAAGUGGAACACAUGGGGCAUGUUCACUCGGGAUCAGCCCCCUGGAUAUAAGCUUAAUUCCUAUGGAUUUCAACCCUAUUACAUGGCACUGGAGGAUGAAGGGAAUGCUCAUGGGGUUCUGUUACUGAACAGCAAUGGAAUGGAUGUUACAUUCCAGCCCACUCCUGCUUUGACUUACCGCAUCAUUGGCGGCAUCUUGGAUUUCUACAUGUUUUUGGGUCCAACUCCAGAGGUUGCAACAAAGCAAUAUCAUGAAGUAAUUGGCCACCCAGUAAUGCCCCCAUACUGGGCUCUGGGGUUCCAAUUGUGUCGUUAUGGAUACAGAAAUACUUCAGAAAUUGAGAAGCUGUAUGAAGAUAUGGUGGCUGCCAAGAUUCCCUAUGAUGUCCAAUACACAGAUAUUGAUUACAUGGAAAGACAACUAGACUUCACAAUUGGUGAAGAUUUCCAUGACUUGCCUCAGUUUGUUAACAGAAUAAGAAAUGAGGGGAUGAGAUACAUUAUUAUACUGGAUCCAGCAAUUUCAGGAAAUGAAACCAAGCCUUAUCCUGCAUUUUCAAGAGGAAUAGAAAAAGAUGUGUUUGUCAAAUGGCCAAACACCAAUGACAUCUGUUGGGCAAAGGUUUGGCCAGAUUUACCCAAUGUCACAAUAGAUGAGACUUUAACUGAAGAUGAAGCCGUCAAUGCCUCCAGAGCUCAUGUAGCUUUCCCAGAUUUCUUUAGGAAUUCCACUGCAGAGUGGUGGACCAGGGAAAUCAUGGAUUUCUACAAUGACCAAAUGAUGUUCGAUGGCUUGUGGAUUGACAUGAAUGAGCCAUCCAGUUUUGUAAAUGGAACAACCAAUAAUAAUUGCAGAAAUGAUGAGUUAAAUUACCCACCGUAUGCUCCAGCACUUACGAAAAGAUAUGAAGGAUUGCACUUCCGAACCAUGUGCAUGGAGACUGAGCAGAUUCUCAGCGAUGGGACAUCUGUGCUGCAUUACGAUGUGCAUAACCUCUAUGGCUGGUCCCAGAUGAAACCUACCUAUGAUGCGCUGCAGAAGACCACUGGCAAAAGGGGAAUUGUCAUCUCUCGUUCCACGUAUCCCACUGCUGGCCGCUGGGGGGGACACUGGCUUGGAGACAACUAUGCAAACUGGGACAAUUUGGACAAAUCCAUCAUUGGUAUGAUGGAAUUUAGUCUCUUUGGAAUUUCAUAUACUGGAGCAGACAUCUGUGGUUUCUUUAACAAUUCUGAAUACCACCUCUGUGCUCGCUGGAUGCAACUUGGCGCAUUUUAUCCCUACUCAAGAAAUCACAACAUUGCAUUUACUCGAAGACAAGAUCCUGUUUCUUGGAAUGCAUCUUUUGCUGAAAUGUCAAAGAAUGUCUUGGAGAUUAGAUACACUUUAUUGCCCUAUUUCUACACACAAAUGCAUGAAAUUCAUGCUGAGGGCGGCACUGUCAUCCGACCUCUUUUGCACGAGUUCUUCCAAGAUAAGCAAACUUGGGAUAUAUUCAAGCAGUUCUUGUGGGGUCCAGCAUUUAUGGUUACCCCUGUAUUAGAAGCUUAUGCGACAUCUGUGCAAGGUUAUGUUCCUGAUGCUCGUUGGUUCGAUUACCAUACUGGCGAGGACAUAAAUAUCAGAGGCCAAAAUCAUGUUUUUGCAGCCCCUUAUGACAUGAUAAAUCUACAUGUGCGUGGUGGCUACAUCCUGCCUUGCCAAGAGCCAGCUCAGAACACAUUUUUCAGUCGAAAAAAUUACAUGAAGCUCAUUGUUGCAGCAGAUGACAAUCAGUUGGCACGAGGUUCUCUGUUUUGGGAUGAUGGUGACACUAUCAAUACCUAUGAAAAUGACAUGUAUUUACUUGUUCAAUUUAACUUAAACAAGACCACUUUGACAACCACCAUAUUGAAAGAUGGUUACAUAAACAAAGAUGAAAUUACGCUUGGGAAUGUUGAAGUAUGGGGAGAAGCGAGCAGUAUUGUCCAUGAGGUGUCUCUGGUACGCAAUGGCAAUAUUGAGCAACUUAGAUUUAAUCAUAACCAAACAACCAAGAUAUUAAAUAUUGACUUAAAAGCCAAUCAUGUAACUCUGGAUGAACCAAUAGAAAUCAACUGGUUAUGA